UAAUGGCUAAAGAGGAAUUGAUUGAGCUCAAAUUCAGGCUUUUCGAUGGAACUGACAUUGGACCCAACAAGUACAGUCCUACUACCACUGUUGGAACUGUUAAAGAACUCAUACUUGCUGAAUGGCCCAAAGACAAAGAAAAUGCUCCAAGGACAACAAGUGAUCUGAAGCUCAUCAAUGCAGGUAAGAUAUUGGAAAACAUCAAGACCCUUGCGGAGUGCAGAGUACCAGUUGGAGAACUUUCAGGCGGAGUAAUCACUAUGCAUGUUGUUGUGCGCCCUCCAUUAUCAGACAAGAAUGGUGAAAAACAGCUAGCUGACUCCCCAAAAAAGAAUAGAUGUUCAUGCUCAAUCCUCUGACUCCAAAUGAUAAGAAUGACAAUUCAUCACGGUUGUCGUUUCCUUCCCAUGUGUCUCGAGUAUAUGGGUUGCUGGGAGGCUGAUCAGAUUAUGUAGUUCAGCUAUGCACCUAGUCUGAAGCCGAUGGCAAAAGAAGCUCAAGUGCCUCACUUGUUGUAUUGCAUAAUCUUCUUCUUGAUUGUGUAGUUUCUUGUUUCCUUUCAAAAUUGGAGGAAAUAUAUAUCAUACUAUCAUAUAUAAAGAAUGAAUGGUUUUUUGAUUGUUUGGUA